AGCCCGAAGCCUCUCCUGCUGUCAACUUCAACGUGAAAGGACUGGGUGCGGCAGGUGUAGGGGUUCUUUAUUGUACCAUGACCAGCAAGAAAUCUACGAAAAUCGAUAUAUCGCAUCCCGACGAGGCCAACUGCACCAUCGUCGGAGUCCUGGAACAAGUAGAACCUGAUCAACCUAGUCAUGGCCGGAAGAUUGCUCUUAUCUUACAUGGAACAAUGGGACACAAGGAUUACCUCUUUCAAAAGCGACUCGCGCUUCGUUUACCAAUAGAUUCAUUUAGAUUUGAUUUUCGGGGGAACCACGAAAGUGGUGGGAAGUGGAAACAAGGUGGUUUUGCAGAAGAUGUUCAAGACCUUGUGGCCGUCGUCGCUUACCUCCGCAAUGAAUAUGGAUAUGAAGUCGACAUGGUUGUAGGCCACUCGCGUGGUUCUGUCGUUGGUAUGCAUUGGUUGUGUACUUCUGAAGAAGGAAAGCGCGUUAGCACUUUUGUCAACGCUUCGGGGCGAUACAGAAUGCAUCGGAUAUACGAUGGUACUGAGAAAUGGAAGGAUGAAUUUGAUUCCAAGGGAUACCAUGAAUGGAAAGUGACCGUCGCACGAAAGCCCGUUAUACAGAGGAUAUAUCCCGAAGAUCUAGAGGAGUUUUCUCGGUGGGAUUCAUCAAUAGUAUGGGACUGGUUUCCUAGCUCCAUUGAUGUUUUGACCAUCCAUGGUCUCGCUGAUAAGACGGUACCACCUUUUGAUGCGAUAAUUUAUGCACGCGCAUUUGGGCAGCGGAACCCAGGAACCCAUAACCUCCAUUUGAUAGAGGAAGCUGAUCACAAUUUUACUGGCUGCCAAGAUGAGGUCGCAAGCUGCAUACUGGAGUGGCUGGAAACCCGAAAACACGGUCUAAAGACAGGAGUGUGGAUGACUGGGAUUAGAGGGAAACUGUGAAAGUGGUUUACCCGCAUCUCUUACUCACCCGUGGCCACGUCGUGUUAUGUAUGCUGGUUUAUUGGCUGUUGGCUUUGACAAUCUUCGACGAUCGCAUCGCGUUGUAUCGCUUUUGUCAUGCGGUAGUUGUUACUAAAAAAAAAAAAAAAACAGUCCG